AUGCAACGGCGCUGUGUUCCACAGCUAGGCAACAGUCUAUACAUUUCCAGCCUUUGGGAGCCAGCAGAUUGUAUGUCCGAAAAAGUGAUAGAUAUUCACAUGGAUCGUCAUACUUUUGAUUCCAAAGUGACUAUCAAACGAGUGACGUCCGAAAAUCUUCUGGAAUCUUUUUCAGAAGGAUUCAGCCCGUCACUUCGCAAAAAUAUCUUUGCAGCGGAAAGCGCGUCUACGGAACUCUUACAGUUGCAGAUGACAGUAGGACAAGUUGAGACAUUAAACAAACCUCCUGUAAUGGGGAAAUAUCGACGUUUGUUGCAGAAAGUACACCAAAAGGCAACAACACUAGACAUGCAGAAGCGGAAAUAA